AAGUCUAAGACACGUGAUGAGGUGUGAAAAGUAAACAUUGCUUCACCUCCGUUCAGUUAUUUACCCUGAGGGACAGUUUGGGCUAAUUGGAGCACGCCCACUUUCACCACGUGGUCUUUGCUUAACAUCAACAUUGGCUGCAGGGAAACAUCUUAAAAAGGUCUGAAGAAGAUACUCCGGCAGAUAAACUACAGCUGUCUGAGCCCCAGAGCUGUCCAUCCAGCGAGAGAGAACCAGAGGCGGCGUGACAACUCAGUCUGAGCGAGCGGGAGACCAAGGUAGAGACCACCACCACCAACCUGUGAGGCAGGUGUUAGUACCCGAGCAGCUAGCUUGUUAGCAAACAGUGAAUCUAGAGGGAAAAUGAACGGCCAACUGAACGGUUUCCACAACAGUCCGCUUUUUGACGAAGACUGCUUCCUCUUCACCUCUGAAUCGGUCGGCGAAGGACACCCAGGUGAGUUAUGAAUGUGUACACUGUAUUAAUUAGCCGGAUAGCAUCCUGUUAGCCCCUCAAACAAGGUCAUGUGGCGUGUUAGCUCAGCGUGUUGUCGUACUGUCAGCUGGUCUCUGUUUGUGCCCCAUUCAUCCUCUUUGGACCGCUGUCAACAUGCUCAAUAAGUGCAUACAUGCGGUGGCAUCGUGAUUUAACCACCCCUAAUAAACUUAUAAAAGAUAAUGAACUGUUUAUAAGCCGUGGAGGGUAAGGUUUUUGUAGUAAAGUUGCGGCUGCAUGCUAACAACACUGCGGCUAAUCCGUCUAGCUAAUACCACAUUAGCUCGGGCUGUUUGUGCCUGUCAAUCACACUGAGCUCCACAUGGGUUCCUGGCACAAAUUUGCAGAAUAACUUCUAAAAAGCUAACAGUGUAUGGCUGAAAAUGUGUGGUGUGUGUAUCUGUAGUUGACUUUUUCACUUUAGUGUUCAGUGAGUCCGGAUCACCGGCGACCAUGCGGCAUUGCAUCAUUACAGUAUCAUCAGCCCACUGCCGCUGAUUGUAGGAGACAUGUGCUCACGGGCUCAGCCAGACCGAUGUGUUUGGAAGAUUAAAGAUGGUCAAAGUUGAUCGGGAGAAACUUAUUUACCGUGUAUUGAUGCCCAAAUGUUACCAAAAUACAGUAGUCUGGAUGAUGGCUUUUCUCCUGCUUCGAUUCUUCUACGAUAGUUUGGAUGCCGAUUCGAUUUAAAUUGCGAUUCUACGAUAUUGUCGAUUUUCUCCAUUUUUAGUCUGCAGUUUUAACACCAGUGAAACAGCAGAGUGACUAUGAUUGUCCACUGACUAUUCCAGGAACCAUAUUUCCUCAAAAAUACACAUCAUGUGUAUGUCAGUUUUUAAGAUUUAUUCUGAAAUUAAAAAAUUUGAACAUUAAAACCGAUUUGUACACCAACUUUGCUUGAUAUGCAAUGAUUGCAUUGCUUUAUACCAACUUUAGUAAUGACCGCACAAUAGCAAUACACAGCGAUCUAAGGAGCCACACACAAACCUCAACCAAAAAGCCACUUUAUAGCCACAAAUAAUGCUCAGAACAGGGUCCUAGCCAUAGCACUAGCCACCAAACAUCUUUUUAACUUUGCCUGAUUUCUUUAGCAAAGAGACUAAACACAACUCACCUACUCUCUUCCAGCAGCUGCUUGUUUGUAGCGAGACCUCAGUCCAGUCCAUUACGGACUGCUGCGGGGGGACGCAGCUCAAGGAAGAACAUUUAUGAUAACUUCUUUAUCACUUCCUUGAAGUAAUAAUCACCAUGUUAAUCAUUUUGCACUGCAGACGCGGUAGUUCUUUUGCCUUAACGUCUCUGUCUGAUUGCAUUUCCAUGAGAAAAUGAUUGUAAAUGUUCUUCCUUGAGCUGCGUCACCCCGCAGCAGUCCGUAAUGGACUGGUCGGAGGUCUCGCUACAAACAAGCAGCUGCUGGAAGAGAGUAGGUGAGUUGUGUUUAGUCUCUUUGCUAAAGAAAUCAGGCAAGUUUUUUAUGGCUCCCCAGACCACUGUGUAUUGCUAUCGUGCGGUUGGUAUAACUAGAGAAGCAAGCAGUCGGCAACAUUCAUCUCUCAAGGGGGUGUUUAACUCGGUGUUAGGGUGUGUUUGACCCUAAAUAAAUUUUAAGCCAGAAUACCCCUUUUAAGCAUUCAUCUGUGACAUACCCCGGGAAAUAUAUAAAACAUAUUGUACAAUACUGUUUCAAUCUUUCAUUGGGGCAGUGGGUGCCCCUCCUUUACAACAGAUAAUAGGCUUAGCAGUAGACCUAAAUAUAGGUAUUGCAGGGGCCGCAGCUUGGCUGUGGGUGUAAUGUAGUCACACUGGAAAGGUGCAGGUAGUGCUGCACAGUAAAUCCCACAUUUAUUGAUAUUGUAAUAUGAUCCUUUGGAAUAAACACAUUGCAGAUAUCUGAAUGUAUCAAAAAAACUAGCAAAUUAUUUAACAUAAAUGAUCUGUGUUUUCUCACUGAGUGUGAGCAUUUUGCUCAGGAGAUGGAGGCUUGUGUAUUUUAGGGCCAUGUUUUUGUUCUAUUUUGUUUAGGACAGCUGUCAGCUAACCUGAUUAAUUGGUGAUUAUGUAGUGAUUAAAAACUGCUUUUGGAUGUAUUCUGGAUUCAAGAGAAAAAUCUUGCAAACACAGCAGAAAGACAUCCAAAACAGAUUUAUCGAAGCUAAUACGCACUCAUUAUCUUUUUGUUUACCACACUUCUUAAUAAAAACACAAUAUUAGUGCUAGGGUAUCAAUGUUUGGGCUUCACUUUUUUCGUGUCCUGCAGCAUUACGGUUGGAUUUUCCUGGCAAAGUCAAAAAUGACAAAAGAACAUUUUUAACUGCUUAUUGUAUUGUGUAAAUACUGUACUUAUGUACUCGUAUACGAAGCCUUCAGCCUUUGUAGCAGCAGUGGGUUGCUUGACUGCCAUUCACAACCCUGUGUUUCAUCUUAUCCGCCAGUCUACUGCCCACGUUUUCUGUCUCUUAAGACAUUUAUCCAGCCUCAUGAAAGAAGAAUGCCUCAAAAAUAACUCGAAAUAAAGUGACACAUUUAACAAUGAGUGAAGCGUCUGUAUAUGAAGUGUUUUCAUACCAUUGAGAAAAAAUUCUGAAAAAUAUUUGCUUCACUCCUCAGAUAAGAUCUGUGACCAAAUCAGUGAUGCUGUGUUGGAUGCUCACCUCAGACAAGACCCGGAUGCCAAAGUAGCAUGUGGUAAGUCUUCAGCCAGCAAAGCAGGCUGACUGUAAAGGAUGUUGUUACAUACAUACAACUGUUUAAACAUGCAGCAUGUUGGGAAACGGAGUAAAGAUCCACCCAAUGAUGUAACAGACUAACGGAUGUCUUCUUUGCUUCUCUAUUCAGUGUAUUUCCUAUGAAUCCUGAGGUAAAGCCUCAAGUAGCAGCUGAGGAUUAACUCAGGACAUUGCCAGGGUCUAAAAGCUCUCACUUAUGUUUAACUGAUUUAUCAUUUCAUUAAAAUACUUUCUUAAUUUAGCCCAACAAACAAAGAUCAUUUAAGCUGUUUUCAACGAUGGCAAGCACUUAAAAGUUUUCUUUGUAUUGUAUCAAGGCUAGAAUAUUUGCUAUUCAAGAACUGUACACAGUUUUUAAAUCAUUAACUUUUGUCUGUUAGGAUGUCUAAGCAGAUUUUUUAAGGUUAAUUGUGCUCGUUUCUGACAUAAAAGACUUAAAAGACAAAUCAAAUAUUCAGCAUAUUAAUCAGAAAUGAAAAUCAGACUUUAUACUGUGUUAAUUCUGCUUUAAUAUACCAACCAGCGUCCUGGAUCCUCUCUCAGCCUCUGGUUUUUACUUAUCUGUUUCACUUGAACCCUCAUUCCUCACUCUCAGUGUUAUUGCUUUCUCAGAGACUGUUGCGAAGACCGGAAUGAUCCUUCUGGCGGGAGAGAUUACCUCCAGGGCCAACGUAGACUACCAGAAGGUUGUCAGGGAUACAAUCAAUCACAUCGGCUACGACGACUCUUCCAAAGGUUUGUUGAUGAAAGCUGACGGCUCUGAAUGUAGUUCAGUUUGAGAUCCAGGAUGAGGGUUGAGAUUUGUCAUUUUUAGAUUGCUUAAAAAUGUGUCAAGUGUUGAGUUUGUUUUAAUCUCUAUAUAGUGAGUCGUGUCUAAGCGAUGAUGUGUAAUGCGAACAUCUGGGAGCCCUCUCGAGCUAAAUGCGAUGUCUUUCUUGACCUUCGAGGGCUGCGACUGCAGAAGACCUCCCAGCAUUGAAAGCUGUCAUCCUGGUUGUUUAUGAAUUGGUUGAAGCAACGCUCCACUUUCCUUUAACAGAAGCCGCCCCAUUGUUAAAUAAAGGACUGUGUUUGGUUUGGUAUAUCCGACACUGAGGGGAGAUUGUUUAAAAUGACGGCAGUUUGAGACCCACCAGCCAGAAUAAAAUUAGUAUGAGCUGGCUGAUGGGUCUGGAAAGCACCAGGCUAGUAACUUAAACCCUAAAGCAGAAGUGUGCUUGAUCAAAGAUGUUUGUCUUUCUCUUCAGGCUUUGACUAUAAGACCUGCAAUGUACUGGUGGCUUUGGAGCAGCAGUCCCCUGAUAUCGCUCAGGGUGUUCACCUGGAUCGAAAAGAAGAGGACGUAGGAGCGGGCGACCAGGUCGGAGGGUUCACAUGUUUUUGUUUGUGUAUGAGCCACAGCCGGGAGCCUGAAAUGUGCCGGUAACAAGGUUGUGAGGCUAUUUUUAACCUUAAUUCAUGCUGUGAUUUGUGACCACGGCUCUUGCAGGGUUUGAUGUUUGGAUAUGCCACCGACGAGACUGAAGAGUGUAUGCCGCUCACGGUUGUCCUGGCUCACAAGCUCAAUGCCAAGAUGGCUGAAUUGCGCCGCGAUGGAACACUGCCGUGGCUCCGACCUGAUUCCAAAACCCAGGUGAGCCCAGAGCUUCAUUUCUCAACGAGAUGUUGAAAUCAAGAGUAAAACUUCAACCCUUAAUCUUGAGGCGUUUAAAACGACGAACAAUUUAGGAAGUUUUUCCCAGUGAAACUAAUGAAAAUCAAAGAGCCCCAAAUGAAUCUUUUUUUUUUGUUGUUUUUACAGAUGUUGGCUAAGAAAUGAAGCCCUCAUGUCAAAGAUGAUGUAUAUCUGUAUGCCUGGAGGUUAAACAAAUAUAAGAGGAGCAGAUGGUAAUCUUCUGCCCUGGUUCAUUAGUCAAUAUUUAUCCUCAAUCCCGUGUUUGGUUCCCCUCAGGUGACUGUUCAGUACAGGCAGGAUCGAGGCGCCAUGGUUCCCCUGCGUGUACACACGGUUGUGGUCUCUGUGCAGCACGACGAGGAUGUGACUUUGGAUGAGAUGCGCCUCUGCCUGAAGGAGCAGGUGGUGAAAGCUGUGAUUCCCAGUGGGUACCUCGAUGACGAAACUGUGUACCACCUGCAGCCCAGCGGACGCUUUGUCAUUGGAGGACCACAGGUGAGACACGACACUGAAUCUGUUUCACUGACUCAGGGUUCAAUAAGGUCAGGUCUACAAACUUGUGGACUCAUUAGCGUGUUAUACAUCCAAAUGCACCAAAAUCUCAGUCCAGUGUCCUUCCCUCAGGGUGACGCUGGUCUGACCGGGCGAAAGAUCAUCGUGGAUACUUACGGAGGCUGGGGGGCUCAUGGAGGCGGAGCGUUUUCUGGGAAAGACUACACAAAGGUGGAUCGUUCUGCUGCCUAUGCCGCUCGCUGGGUGGCCAAAUCUCUGGUAAAAGCUGGGCUCUGCAGACGAGUGUUGGUCCAGGUGAGCUUACAAUGCAUCGCCUUUUAAAAGGUUCGAUUAAAGACGAUUUUAGAUUUGUAGUAAGUUGGGCUGUAUGUUGCGUUUUGAUGCCACAACAUUGAACUGAAUAAAUUGUAGAUAGUUUUUUUUUUUUUCCUUCCAUCUGGUGUAAUAUACCCUCAGCUUUUAAAUGUCUCUGAUCACAGUGAAGUUUUUAAUGUGUGUUUAAAUGGUCUUAGGUUGCCUACGCGAUUGGAGUUGCACAUCCACUCUCUGUCUCCAUCUUCCACUACGGGACCUCACAGAAGAGUGAGAAGGAGCUGCUGGACAUCGUGAGGAGGAACUUUGACCUUCGUCCAGGAGUGAUCGUGAGGUAUCCUGUCAUAUCAAUUCUCUGUUUUGUUUUGUUUAGUCAAGUAUUUGUUUUGUCAAGUUUAGCCCCUCAGUUCACAGAGUCCUCAUGUUUCCGUGAAUAACUGUUCUCCUCUCUCAGGGAUCUUGACCUGAGGAAGCCCAUCUACCAGCGCACAGCAGCUUACGGCCACUUUGGUCGCGAUGUCUUCUCAUGGGAGGUGCCCAAGACGCUGAAAUACUGAACCUUUCUGUCAAGUCCAAGCAGGUGUACUACAGAGAAACCUGUGUCUUUUUCUCUCAACCCCCUCUCCCUUGUCCCCUUCCUCUCUCCUCUCCCUCCUCACACACGGCCACAUCACCACAGCCUCUCCCACACAACAAGCUGACCUUCCUCCACCUGUUAGCGUUGUACACAUGUCAAAGAUCGAGCAAUCGUGUGUCAGAUGCCAAGAUAUUGAAUUAAAUAUAUAAAAUAUUUAUAGCAGACUUUCUCAAGGACCAUGAGAGAAUUUACCAUCAGUGAUGGUGCUUUUUAAGAAGAUUUCUAGUAUUGCUCAGAUUUUCAAGUUGAGAAUCUCAACGCAGUUUAGGCAACAUGUCAUUUCCCAUUUCAGCUAACUUUGUUGGGUUAAUGGCUGUUUUAGUGAAGCACUUGUCAAGUGUAAAACAGAUCAGCUUCUUCUUUUCUUCCGUGUGCUGUCCCUUCAGGUCACUUUUGUUCUGACGUUUUACAGAGAAGUCAGAAGCUGCUAAUGACCUUGUGGCUCUGUUGGGCUGCACCUUGAAAAACCACUCCAUUUUUUUAGUAGCUUAUUUUGUCAGUUUAAAUGUCAUGUGAAUGUUCCAGAUGAUAAAUGUUUCAAUGCUCUACUUAACCGAGAUAAAGACGAGGUACACUCCUGCCCCUUCCAGAGACUGACGCUGGGUGUAGCUACAGAGAAACUCAGGCUCUGUCACCUCUGGGAAGGGAGUGCCUUUAUCCUGAAUCUACACUUUACUUGAAAUAAUUUUAAACAAAGGAGUUGAACUACCGUGGGACUGAAAUUCCAGUCAGUGUGGCACAUGCUUUUUCUACUUUGAGACCACUCUGUCGCACAAGUUUUCAGUUCUGGCACACACGCGCACACAACCUGAGAGCAAGGUUACAGACGGAGAGCUGAAUGUGGGACACCGUAUUACUGCUCAUGUCUUCUCUUCGCUCUUACAAAUAAGGACUUCUUGGGAUCAGAUAUGUUACCUGAUGCUUGUGGAUUUUGGAUCUUUUGGAUCUUCCUCCGCACACAUUGAUUCUUGAAAGUUACUGAAACUAGAAAAUACUUCUGCUGUUGUUACAUGGACAGUAAUUUCCAAAUGAAUACUAAGUUUGCAUAUGAAGCCUCUCUUGUCAUUAAUUUAUUUAUCUAAGAAAGAUUUUUUUUUCUUUACAAAAUACCCCCACCCAUAAAAGUCUGGUUCCCUGAGAUCCCUCGAUUAGAAAAGCACUGUAGUUUUCCGAGUUAUCCCCUCUCUUAGUUCUUUUUAAGACUAAUGAGCAGCAGAAACUCACUUGCACAGACAUAAUGUAAAGAUCUGUGCCAGGGACCCAUGUCAGAUUGAGAACUGAUACACAGCAUAAGCCUCUGAAGCCUCUUCCCCAGCUGCACAUGUAUCCUGACAAUCCUCACUGUAAGCCUGGGUGACACUGGUACCUGGUCCAUGCUGUACAGUUGGUGCAUCUUUUAAUGUCUCCAUUAUGUAACUAGGUGGCACUGUUUCCCCAUUUAUAACACUGACAUACGGUUUAUUUUUUAACUUUUGGUCAACACUGGUAUCUUGUCUUAAGCUCGUCUCCUCUGGCACCAUCUUGUGAUUCUAUUACUGUACUGCAGACAUAUUUCUAAUAAGAGCCUUCAUGUAGACUCUGCUAAGAGCAUGCCAAGUUCAUCUGUGUGUGUUAUCGUCCAGUAAGGCAACACAUUCUCCCAAAGAUUAUUUUUUAAUCACAUGUUUGCAUCCUCAUCCUCAUCCACAGAUGAGACAAAUGAUUGGUUGGUGUUGUACAGAGAAACCAGCCUGUUUACAUGGUGUCUCUCUCUGGUCCUGUGAGCAUUUUGAGGAGCUUUUUUUUUUCUGUUUAAUAUUUUUAUUUAUGAUUGGAAGCAAGUCUGUCAGCGUUGUUGCUGGAUGUGUCAAAGUGCCUUUUCUAACCCCCCUGACCCCAGAUAUCUCACUCCUUAUCCGUUACCCCUGCCUGACCCCAUUCCACCCCGCUCUUAUGUCUGUCUGUGAUUGCAAAUCCUCCAUCUUCAGUGAUUCAAACCAAGGAGUCUGAUUUGUUGAGUGUCUCUUUCAAACCCUUCAAAUAAAGUGCACCCUCCUCUAAGGUCAUGGCUUUGGCAUUCUUUAAUUAAUCAAUCUUAGUCAAGCUUUAUUCUUUUAGCACCAAUUCCCAAAAGUGUUAUCUCAAGAUGCUUGAAAAAGCUUGUCUGAAAACCGUACUUUGUUUAUGAAGAGCCAUUGGGAAGGUGUGAUUGAGCCCUGUCUUGUAAGAUCUGACCACUGCCAUCCCAUUUUCAACCACGAGUGUGGCAUUUUGCAAAAUUUUGAAAGUUUAAGUGGAGAGGGAAAGCUUCUUUUAAAGUCCCACUCCGAUGUUUUUUCUUUUUUUUUUUUAACCGCUUAAAGUGUUCUCAGUGGUCUCUAAAUUGUGAC